CGUCUUGAAGGUUGAAAGAGCUCGAAUCAAUGGAGAAAGUUGCUGCCACACGAUUCUUGAUUUGCAGUUUAUUUGCUGUACUUUGUUUGUUUUCUUACCCAGCAAAUUCUUCAGAAGUCGAGGAUGAAAGGGAGUUUAGUUACGACGAAGACGAAGACACAGGACCAUCUCGAUGGGGAGAGAUCAAAGAAGAAUGGAGAGUGUGCAAAAAUGGAACGAUGCAAUCACCCAUUGAUGUGUUGAACAAGAGGGUUCGAGUAGUGUCCCAUUUAGGGGCCCUCCAGAUGAAGUACCACCCCUCCAAUGCCACCCUUAAAAAUAGAGGCCAUGAUAUCAUGCUGGAAUGGGCUGCAGGCGCGGGCUAUCUUCAGAUUAACGAAACUCAGUAUGUCCUGAGGCAAUGCCACUGGCAUUCUUUCUCAGAACACACCAUCGAUGGCAAAAGGCUUGAUCUAGAGUUACAUAUGGUGCACGAAACGGAAGCAGGAGAAACGGCCGUAAUUGCAAUACUGUACAAGAUUGGUAAACCAGAUGCUUUCUUGUCUUCGUUAACGGAGGGUUUAAAGGCCGUAUCUGAUACGACUGAAACAGAAGAGCAAGUGGGAAUGGUUGAUCCUUGGCUGAUUAAAACAAGUAGCUUGAGGUAUUACAGAUACCUGGGUUCUCUCACCACACCUCCUUGUUCUGAAAACGUUGUUUGGACCAUCCUCGGAGAGGUGAAAACUGUUGCAAAAGAACAAGUCAACUUGCUUCGAAAUGCUGUUGACGACGGAUCAGAGAUUAAUGCCAGACCACUGCAACCAAUAAACAACCGUUUGGUGGAACUUUAUCAACCAAAGGCUUCUAAAAAGGAUUGAACUUCAUCAACGCAUUGUCCAAUUCAGAUAUAUGUAGCGUCUCUUAUACGUCAAUCCUUCCUAUACAUUGCUUCUUGGCUAUCAUUCUCACACAUAUCUCAUUAGUUGAUUCUGUAGUUACGCCUAGCUCUGUGUUGCUUCUUGGAUGAUCUUUCCA